UUGAAAGCCAGUAAUUUUGAGGAGUGGUGGAUUAGACACUUACAUCAAACCCAGGCCUUGAUUGGUAGUUAUUUCUUAGACUCUGGAGAGAUAAAAGACAAAGCUGAUCUUGGUUAGAUCAGGAAUUAGAAUCUAAAGAGCUGAAAUAAACACUGCCAGGUAUUUUUCUGGCACUCUAAUGAUCUGGUAAUCAACCACAUUUAGAUUUAGAACAAUGGUUUCUAAUUUUGGUACAAGGUCAGUAAUUUUCAAGAGAGAGGGUUAGUUGAUAUUGUUGAUUCCAGUACUUGAUUGGUGCCAUAAUUAUUGACCCUGGCAGGAUGAAAGACUGAUUUUGGUGGCAUUUGAACACAGAAGCUACUCACACCACAACAGCUGCUUAUUCUUCCAACACUGACAUAAACUUCUCAGAAAAAGAUACCAGCAAACUUAUUUCUCUAAGAUGGCCAUUUCUCUGUGGAUAACAAUAUAUUGCAUGUUUGGAAUAUUGAAAACUGCUGACUGUCUCAACAAAUGCGAUGAAGAUGUCUCCACAUGCAAAGGCAGUAAGCCUUAUCAGAAAGUUUAUUUUGAUUCUACAGAUAGCUGUUACUAUGACUUUAAUGUAAAUAGUUCCUAUUAUGAAGCAAAAACAAGUUGUGAAGAAAUGGGUGCUCAUUUACUCACCAUAGAAUCAGAGGAAGAACAGACUUUUGUUGUAACAAAACUGUCAAUACGGAAAUCUGGACGAUGGCUUGCUCUGGAGAAAACUGGAGAUGGAUGGGUUUGGUAUUAUAACACCAUCCAAAAAACCCUUAACUUUAGCAAACUACUAAGAGAAUCUGGAGUAGAAGAGAAUGUCAGGGCAUUUACUCAGUAUAACCAGUGGCAACCAGAGUCUGCAGAAGCUAUGCAUCCAUUUGUGUGCGAGUUCGACAUCAAAGCAGAGCCAAAGGCACAAACUGUACAAUACACCAAUUCCAAAAGUAACAUCACAUUUGUUACUUUCAUCAAAAGUGGGAGUUUUAUUCAAAACACUCUUUUAUGCGGCAACUUUUGUUUUCAAACAGCGUGCUGUACUGUCUACAGAUUUGAUUCUGUUAAAUACAAAUGUGAACUCUACCAAAAAGAUUUUACAAGUAAAACUGAAUUAAUUUGUACUGAAAAAUACAUAACAUGUUACACCAAGAUCACCAACUGAGGCAGCUAAUGGAAUGAAUUUGAUCAAAAAUCUCUUUCAUUGAUGUGAAUGAAGCAAAGAAAGAGAGAAUGUUCUUCAGGAAAAAGAGCCAGGACCAAGGUCAUUGAAAUAACCAGUUAAUGUUAUGUGUUGCCUGUUUAUUUAUAUAGAUUAGAGGCUGAAAUUGUUUUUUAGAACUGUAGCUAGAACCAAAUACCAAAGUCAAUCUACAAACCAACAAAUACAUUACUUUUAUUAAAACAUCAUAAAUAAUAAUCAUUCAUUGGGUGAUAUUUUGACACAAGGUCAUGUGAUAUUGUGAUGUAAGGUCACAUGAUAUUAUGAUAGUAAGUCAGAUGACAGUAUGAUGUAAGGUCAUGUGAUACUGUAAUGCAAAGUGUGAUGAUAAUCAGAAUGUACGUUACUGUUUUGUUUAAUUAGAAGUUUCAUAUAGUUUUUUGUCCAAAUAAAUUCAAAUGAUAAUUUUUAAA